UUCUGUGGAGCCGCUCGGCUGCUGCCGUCCACUGCUGCUGUUUUCUCCCCCGUCACCGUCGCUCUGGCCCGGCUUCCGACCCGCGUCCGACCCGCAGCCACAACCGCAAAGAGCCGUCAGAGACAUGUGUCACCCGUGUGCGGAGGAGGCGACUGACCGCAGCAGUAAUAACACAGAUAAACCAUCAUGAUUCCCAUCACAGAGCUCCGGUACUUUGCUGACACCCAGCCAACAUACCGUAUCCUGAAGCCAUGGUGGGACGUUUUCACCGACUACAUCUCGGUCAUCAUGCUGAUGAUUGCAGUGUUCGGUGGUACACUGCAGGUCACGCAGGACAAGAUGAUCUGCCUGCCUUGCAAGUGGGUGGUCAACAAGUCAUGCGAGACCAUGCCCGUUGCUAACAUGACCAUCCCCCUGGAACCCAAAGGCAUUCAGUAUGACCUCGACCGCCAUCAGUACAAUUAUGUCGAUGCCGUCUGCUACGAGAACGAGCUACAUUGGUUUGCCAAAUAUUUCCCUUAUCUGGUGCUACUCCACACUCUCAUCUUCCUGGCCUGCAGCAACUUCUGGUUCAAGUUUCCACGCACAAGCUCAAAACUGGAGCACUUUGUCUCCAUCCUCCUCAAGUGCUUUGACUCCCCGUGGACAACAAGGGCUUUGUCCGAGACCGUGGUGGAGGAGAGGGAUCCCAAACCUCUCGGGAAAAUGAAUGGUUCGAUGGACAAGAAGGCCUCCUUCGUGAGUGAGGAUGUUGAGGCUAGCGUGCCCAUGCUUCAACGAACAAAGUCUAGAAUUGAACAAGGAAUUGUAGAUCGCUCUGAAACUGGUGUGUUGGAUAAAAAAGAAGGAGAGCAGGCUAAGGCUCUGUUUGAGAAGGUGAAGAAGUUCAGGAUCCAUGUAGAGGAGGGUGAUAUAGUCUACCGUCUUUACAUACGGCAGACCAUCAUCAAAGUAAUCAAAUUCUUACUGAUAAUUAGCUACACAGCCUACUACGUACAAUACAUCAGGUUCAGUGUGGUGUGCACGGUGAACCUUCAGAAGCUGACAGGGUACAGCACAUUCUCUUGUGCCCAUCCGUUGGCGACACUUUUCAAGAUUUUGGCCUGUUUCUACAUCAGCUUGGUUGUGGUUUAUGGUUUUAUCUGCAUGUACACUUUGUGUUGGAUGGUCAGCCGCUCCCUCAAAAGAUACUCCUUCGAAUCAAUCCGGGAGGAGAGCAGCUACAGCGACAUCCCUGACGUGAAGAACGACUUUGCCUUCAUGCUACACAUGAUAGAUCAGUAUGACCCUCUGUACUCCAAGCGCUUUGCUGUGUUUCUGUCAGAGGUGAGCGAGAACAAGCUGAGGCAGCUGAACCUGAACAACGAGUGGACGUUGGAGAAGCUGAGGCAGCGCAUCACCAAAAAUUCCCUGGAGAAGCUUGAGUUGCAUCUGUUUAUGCUCAGCGGGAUCCCAGACACAGUAUUCGAUCUGAUAGAGCUGGAGGUGCUCAAGCUGGAGCUCAUCUCAGACGUAACGAUUCCACCAAUCAUUGCCCAACUUUCCAACCUGAGAGAGAUGUGGCUUUACCACACCCCAGCUAAAAUUGAGGCCCCAGCUCUGGCGUUCCUCAGGGAAAACCUAAAGUCCCUCCACAUCAAGUUCACUGACAUCAAGGAAAUCCCUCUGUGGAUCUACAGCCUGAAGAACCUAAGUGAGUUGCACCUGACUGGGAACCUGAGUGCCGACAACAAUCGUUUCAUUGUCAUCGAUGGACUUAGAGAGCUGAAAAGGCUCAAAGUGCUACGUCUGAAGAGCAACCUUACCAAGCUCCCGCAGGUAGUGACAGAUGUGGGCGUUCACCUCCAGAAGCUCUCCGUCAAUAACGAGGGCACCAAACUGAUGGUGCUCAACAGCCUGAAAAAGAUGGUCAACCUGACAGAGCUUGAGCUUGUUCGCUGCGACCUUGAACGCAUCCCUCACUCCAUCUUUAGUUUGCACAAUCUGCAGGAGAUUGACCUGAAGGACAACAAUUUGAAGACCAUAGAGGAGAUCAUCAGCUUCCAGCACCUGCAUCGGCUUGUGUGUCUGAAACUGUGGUACAACCAGAUCGCCUACAUUCCUAUUCAGAUCGGAACACUCACCAACCUGGAGAGGCUGUACCUCAACAGGAACAAGAUCGAGAAAAUCCCCAGUCAGCUUUUCUUCUGUCGCAAGCUGCGCUUCUUAGACCUGAGUCACAACAAUCUGACUAGCAUCCAUGCUGAUGUGGGCUUCCUCCAGAACCUGCAGUACUUCGCUGUGACAGCAAACAGGAUCGAGACUUUGCCCCCAGAGCUCUUCCAGUGUAAGAAGCUGCGCACUCUGAAUCUUGGAAACAACUGCCUGCAGACGCUGCCGUCACGCUUCGGAGAACUCACCGGACUGACCCAGCUGGAGCUGAGAGGCAACCGUCUGGAGUGUCUCCCCGUUGAGCUCGGCGAGUGUCGGCUGUUGAAGAGGAGCGGCCUGGUGGUGGAGGAGGACCUGUUCAACACGCUGCCGUCAGAAGUCAAAGAGCAGCUCUGGAGGGCCGAUAAAGAGCAAGCAUGAGCCAAACCUCUGUAGUGAACUGUCAGGAGAGAAGUUGGAUUUGAGGGCGAAAAAACAAACAAGGGUUGGUUUUGUUUAUAAAGCAAGUGAAACCUUGGUUUGAGGUAUGCAGCAUUGUUUGCCAUGAGGGUUCAGACAAGUGAUGAGGCUCUCCUGACAGGAACUGUGAAAGCAUAGACGACGGAUUUCAAGACCUCCAAGGAAAAAUUGUCGUAAUCUCAUCCAACCUUGGUGAUGAAGUGGAAUUUCAUCCUAAAUAACUGUAAGGAUUCAAGCAGGUGACGUCAAAUAUGCAUGCCACAGGUGGUGGACCUGUCUCAAGCAAACGUUUUUUUUUUUGGAAAGAAACCAGAAGAAAACUUUGCACAACUCAGCCUUGCCAUUGAGCUCAACAUGCUCACGAUCACUUUGUUGCCGGCUGUGGGAUACAUGCAUAAACUGAACAUGCUCAAAGCAGCGUUUAUCCUGCCAUUCCUCUGGCCUUGUGACUCAACAUUUCACUUUUGAAAUUUUUACAAUCACAUUUGCAGUUGUGAUGCAGUGAGACAACUAAACACUGACGGAUGUUGGAAAAAAAUGAACCAAUGUGUUGAUUUUGGUCUUUGGCCCUCGUCAGGCUCUCGAACAAAAUGACUCAGUGAUGAAGAUCAACAGAUCUCACAGCUUAGGCCUUAAUUUACAAAGAAAAGCUGUCAGAUAUUCAGCGACAACAAAUGAGAACAAAUUCUACAGAACAAUGUCUGAAUACCCUGCGGUAGUUGAUUUAUGUCAGCCUGUGGGCAGGUUCUAGUUGAGCUGUAUUCACUGAGCAGUGGAGACAGACAUCACAGCAAGGCAACAGAAUUCUGUCUACCGGUCAACAUUCUGAUUGAGGUUUUAUACUAUUACAUGAAAGCAAAUCUAACAGGUUGAGCCAAUCAAUAGGUUUGUGUGAGAACAAAAGGGGAAGUCCUGGAAAGACUAAUUUGCAAUACAAAGUUCUCCUAUCUGCCAAUUUUCCCUUUUUGUCAGUCCCCAAACCAUCUCCUAUAACGUGGUAUCUCUGGUUACAUCAACACUACUAAGUUUUUAUUUGAAAAUGCAUCAAAAACCUUUCCACAGGCUAUUUCCUGGGAAAGUUUAUUAAGAGUUUUACACAUAUAACUGUUAAUUAAUGUAAAACAGUUUGUCUUAGCACAGACAUAGUGUCAUGUAGAAAAAGAGGAAACUUGAUGUAGGUACAUUAAGACAAUAUCCACAUAAAAAAAUUAAGUCAAACUAUUUUCUUCAACAGGGGCUGUGGUGAAGAAAUGCCCCAUUCCUGUUCAUUUAGCUUCACGCUGCAUCAUGUCGUACUUAUGCAUGUGAAGCUGGCUUUAUUUUAUUUUGCAUGACUAAACAUCACAUUCUUAACAGAUGUGUCUUAAUAUUUAUGUGAGAUGGGCGUUGUUGAAACAAACUGAAAAAUGUAUUUUGAUUCUAAGAUACACAAUUUGGUGCUUUAAAUGCUACCACACUCUGCUUUAUGAUUGGGCCUCUGAAUCAGGCUUUAAAGUGAUUUGGUUUAAUGUUGAGUAACAACUUAAUUUAAUGAAUUUGUUUAUUUUUUGCCUGUAUAUGACAGUUAGUGAAGAGGCAGAGAGGAAACAGAGAAGAGAGGGGGUAUUACGUGAAUCAAAGGUCCCUGAGCACAACCAAACAAUAGAUGAUGUAGUAAUGUGUCAUGCACUGUCACUAGAAUGAGGCUACAUCCAAACAUUAACAUUGAAAAUGCAUAAACCUUUCUAUGGAUACACCUGCCGUCCACAUUAUUCCAGAGUUCUAGAGCCACUAAAACAGAGAAGUUUGGAAACACUGCUGGCCCUGUUUUGGUUUGAAAACUCUAGGGCUGUGUUUUGGUCCAAAUGGGCAGAAACAGGGAUGUUUGGAAACAAUGACGUAGACCCUCACAACCGCUUCCUGGUUAGGUUGCCUUCGUUGAUUGGUCAGGCUCCUAUCCCAAGAUUCAACGAACCAAUAAAACCGUUGUUGUAUGGACGUAACCUAGGAAAGGAUUUUAAGGUCAUUAUGGGACAUACACCUGUCGUCAAACAUAAGUGACCUUUGUUCAAUUGAAGACAUGUUGCUUCACUGACCAGAUGAGAAUUACACAAUGUCCCUGAGCUCACACUGUUUGCUGUCGCUGUAUUAAAGCCACAGAGACACAAACAUUUAGAAAACUCCCCGUCACAGUUAAUUUCCUUGUUGACAUUUUCAAAGUAAUGCGAGCUUGCACAAUAAAAGGAGCAGAAAUCAAGGUACUUUCUAUGCUUAGCGUGAACUAUGACCCCUUCAAUGAUUAUUGCUUAUACAGCUCCCCCAAGUGGAUGAACUGUUGACGUGAGAGAUGGCAGUCGUUAGUAGCUGCCAGGUACUGCCUGUCUCAAAAAGACAAGUGUUGACGUUAGUGACUCAAGUGCCCAGUUGUUUGCAUGCUAGCCAUCGUGUUUAUCCUCCUCAGUUCACUCCAGUGCUUAUGUUGAAUCAAGAGCAAAAUGAGGACAAGCAGGAAAUUGCAGAAUGAAGGAAACUGCUUUUACAUGACCUACACAAGGGAAACAUUUAUUUGCAAGGAGAGUAUGCAGAAUAUGUGAUUUCAUGGUGCGUGCUGCAAAUUAGUGCAACAGCGCUUUGUGUGCUUGAAACACUUUUCUUGUUUAGGCGUUGGAUUUAAUAGCAUCAUUUGGUGUAUUCCUGCCAUGUUUACUUCAGCCAGGCGUCUCUUGUUGCUAAUAUGGCAUUUCAUUUUUACAAGCCGUACGCCCCCGGUAAUGAUCAUAAACAUCACAUCCAUGAGUUGUUGUUUCUCAUGUGAAAACAUAUAGCCUGUAAUUUUUCACAUCUUUGUUUUACGCAUAUCAGUCAGUAUGGUUUGAGCUGUUAUUGUUACCAGCUGUUUAUUUAUGUUUUUUCAUUUUAGCCAUGUAAGAGUUUCAAGUGAAGUCUCACGGUAAUAACACGACUGCACCUUUGUUAACAGUGAAUCUCGUUUCACUGAGGCCUUAGCUGAAUCCAAAUGUCCUUCUAGAGGUCACAGGAGAAGUGCUCCAACACAGUCUUAAAAGUACAGUCGUGUCAGCUCGAAUGUGUUGACUAGCAACCGGUUUUAAAGGUCGCAGACAGCAUGGAGUGUAAAGAGGAACAGCUCUCAGCUUCUCCUGCAUGUGCAACAUUUAAAAAAAUGUUUAAUGUCCGCUUUGGAGUUUCUGCUCUGGUUUCAUUUUUACAGUGCCAAGUUAGAGCAAGAACAAGUUUUUCCCUACAUACCUGCAGAUAGUGUCUGUUAACCUGUUGGAUGCUAAUGCAAAUAAUAAUUGAGGUAUUGGGCAUUAAACUGCAAAUAUAUGUACCUCUUAUAGGGCUGUAACAUGGCUGUAAUCAUGCUGACCCUCCUGCAGUGCACCAUAGUGUCAAACUAGGACGUUCAGAUGUUGUUUUUAUGUGUCUUGGCCUUAACUUUCUGGUCAUGUUAUUAUCAAUUGAAUUGUCAAGGCUAUAUUUACUUUUUUCCAUCCUUAUGUUUUUUAAGGAGAAGUUCUGACAUAUACCCAACUUUAGAUUCAUUCUUGUCUAUUACUCUGGAAAGUUCAGAAGUGUCAUAGAAGUGUUUCUCAGGGCAUCGCUGGGAUCUUAUUCACACCACAUCAUAAUAUUUGGAUUUGCUCAAAUAGUCACAUAUAUCAUUCCCUUUUCCAUUUCACCUUGGUCGUGGUCAGUCUACGUCACUAUCCUGACACAUCUGUAGUUUGGAUUUAUAUCCACAAAUAUUUCGUUGAUUACUCUGCGCUCCAGAGCUAUGAGAUCACUCGUGUGCGGUCCCUCACAGUCACUUCCCUCUGAGUCACGAGUGGAGCACAUUUAACCUGCGGCCCCAUUCCCUUUCCUGCAUGUCAGCGACAGUGAAUUAGCACGAGUGUGUGACAUGAGGUCAGUCAUCCAUUUGUCGAGCAUUGAAAAGAGGAUGUUUUAGCAGAAAUGCCUCUCGGUGACAAAACAUUUGUAGCACCUGAGUAAGUUUCAUGUCCUAUUUAAACACAUUAAAUUACCACAAUCAACACAUUUAAAAGCUUUUUUUAUUCUGUGCAAAUGUUUUUCUUGUCACGUUUGCUUUCUGUUAAAUUUAAGUGAAACCAUAAAAUAUUUGUUUGUAAGUUAUGUAUGCCUUAAGUAGUGUAGUUUGUGUGAAGCAGUGAAUUGAUCUGUUUCCGAGCCACAGAGGGUUUUUACGGAGGUUGGACAAUGAGUUGCUUUUUUUUCUUUGGCCUCAGCUCCUGCUCCUUAAAACAUUUCCAACUCUUGACAAUCAUUAUACUGUAAACGGAGGUGAGCUCACCUUCCAGUGUGCAUGGGCAUUGUGCAUAACACCUCACAUCAUCUGUAAUAUCUGUAAUGUUUCUGAGGAGUGAUUGUUUUUAGACAUUAACAAUUUCACUUGAAAUCAAAUUCAAAAAUUAAACUGCCAUGAUUGCAUUGACAUCUAAUCUCUACCUAUGUAUAAAAUGUUUUUAAAUACAUGAUUGUAUUUACUAUGUAUGAAAUCCAUCUGCAUUUUGACGCCUGUAGGUCAGGGAUCUGUGAAAACAGUUGGUUGGUUUCAGGUUUCGUAUCCAUAUCAUUUCAAAGCAUGAGUUGCUUGAUGCUGAACUUGUGUGCAUUAUAGUCAUAGUGUAAACGGCCCACGUAAGCCCGAGCAACAGUCAUUGCUGAAUUCUAAGCCUGUAAACUGGAUCAAACAUGUGACAAGUGUGAGAAGGCCUUCAAUAAUUAAUUGUUGCCAUGUGGCUCGGACACUGGCUUUUUAAGCGUGACGUCUGUAUGAAUGAACAAAUGAACUUUUGAUUUCAUAAUGUUCCGACCCUACUUUUGUACUGUUGAUGAUGAAAUAAACACUGAAUUCUGUCACAUAGAA